AUGUCCUCCAUUACAAAUCUUCCCCAUCCAGGCUUCGAUGCAAAAGUCUUAAACAACCAACCAAGCAACAUACCAUCGGAAUACGUAUGGUCCGACGAAGACAAACCUUCCACCGACAUCAAAGUGCUCCAAGUCCCUAUCCUCGACAUCUCCAGUUUUCUCUCCGGACAAGACAACCAUGUCGCGACUUCUCAAGCGUCUAGGCUCGUGUCCGAAGCUGCGAAGCUUCACGGCUUCUUCCUCGUCACAAACCAUGGAGUUCAGGAGGGGAUAUUAGCACGUGCCUACAAGUGUAUGGGAACUUUUUUUGACUUGCCGGCAUCGGAGAAACAGAAAGCCAAGAGGAAAUGGGGUGAGAUCUCCGGUUACGCCGAUAGCUUUGCCGGAAGAUUCUACUCGGAGCUUCCGUGGAAGGAAACAUUGACGUUUAGAUUCUCUGCAGAGGAGAAGUUCAGGAGCGGCACGGAAACAGUUAAAGAUUUACGUUUCUAA